UUGCUACAUUGCUAGCUAUUUCCGUACCAUUUUAACACCGAUGGUGUUUUGGUUUUCACUUGUGCAACGUUAAAACACUUCGUAGGUGUUUAUAUUCUGUUUUACAAAAAUGUCUUACAACUACGUUGUAACCGCUCAAAAACCUACGGCAGUCAAUGCCUGCAUCACAGGUCACUUCACCUCUGCAGAGGACCUCAAUCUGCUCAUAGCCAAGAACACACGGCUGGAGAUCUAUGUGGUGACAGCAGAGGGACUCAGGCCUGUCAAGGAGGUAGGCAUGUACGGCAAGAUCGCUGUCAUGGAACUCUUCAGGCCAAAGGGUGAAAGUAAGGACCUGUUAUUUAUCCUCACAUCAAAGUACAACGCCUGCAUCCUAGAAUACAAACAGAAUGGCGAGAGUAUUGACAUUAUCACCCGUGCCCAUGGAAAUGUGCAGGACCGUGUGGGACGGCCCUCUGAGACGGGCAUCAUCGGUAUCGUGGACCCUGAGUGUCGCAUGAUUGGCCUGCGGCUCUACGAUGGCCUCUUCAAGGUAAUCCCUCUGGACCGGGACAACCGCGAGCUCAAGGCCUUCAACAUCCGCCUGGAGGAGCUGCAGGUCAUUGACGUGCACUUCCUCUACGGCUGUCAGGCCCCGACGGUCUGCUUCAUCUACCAGGACCCACAGGGACGGCACGUUAAGACCUAUGAAGUUUCCCUCAGGGAGAAGGAGUUCAACAAGGGCCCGUGGAAACAGGAGAAUGUGGAGGCAGAGGCGUCCAUGGUCAUCCCAGUGCCAGAGCCAUUUGGGGGUGCUAUAAUCAUUGGACAAGAAUCAAUCACUUAUCACAAUGGGGACAAAUACUUGGCCAUAGCUCCUCCUACCAUCAAGCAAAGCACCAUAGUGUGUCACAACCGAGUGGACCCCAACGGCUCACGCUACCUGCUGGGGGACAUGGAAGGCCGGCUGUUCAUGCUGCUCCUGGAGAAGGAGGAGCUGAUGGACGGGGCAGUGGUCCUCAAAGACCUCCACGUGGAGCUGCUAGGAGAGACGUCCAUCGCAGAGUGUCUGACUUACCUGGAUAACGGAGUGGUGUUUGUUGGCUCAAGACUCGGGGACUCCCAGCUAGUGAAGCUGAACGUCGACAGCAACGACCAGGGUUCCUACGUGGGGGUGAUGGAGACCUUCACCAACCUGGGGCCCAUUGUGGACAUGUGCGUUGUGGACUUGGAGCGGCAGGGCCAAGGCCAGUUGGUGACCUGCUCGGGUGCGUUCAAGGAGGGCUCGCUCAGAAUCAUCCGCAACGGGAUUGGCAUCCACGAACACGCCAGCAUUGAUCUGCCGGGAAUCAAAGGUCUGUGGCCGCUGCGCUCAGAGCCUGGCCGAGACACCGACGAUAUGCUGGUGCUGUCUUUCGUGGGACAGACUCGAGUGCUGAUGCUUAGCGGAGAGGAGGUGGAGGAGACAGAGCUUCCAGGCUUCGUUGACAACCAGCAGACCUUCUACUGUGGAAAUGUUGCACAUCAGCAGCUUAUCCAGAUAACGUCGGGCUCGGUGCGUCUGGUGCUGCAGGAGAGCAAGGCGCUGGUCAGCGAGUGGAAGGAGCCCCAGGGCAGGAACAUCAGCGUGGCCGCCUGCAACCACACCCAGGUGGUGCUGGCCGUCGGCCGCGCCCUCUUCUACCUCCAGAUCCUGGCUGGGGAGCUCAAACAGAUAGGCACCACAUUGAUGGAGCAUGAGGUGGCCUGUCUCGACAUCACCCCCCUGGGGGAGGCUGGCGACCAGUCCCCCCUCUGCGCCGUUGGGCUGUGGACGGACAUCUCAGCGCGGGUGCUAAAGCUGCCCUGCUUCACGACCCUCCACAAGGAGAUGCUGGGAGGAGAAAUCAUCCCCCGUUCCAUCCUCAUGACCACCUUCGAGGGCAGCUACUACCUGCUCUGCGCUCUCGGGGAUGGAGCACUCUUCUACUUUGGUCUGGACCUGCAGACGGGCCUGCUGCGCGAGCGCAAGAAGGUGACCCUGGGCACCCAGCCCACAGUGCUGCGCACCUUCCGCUCACUGUCCACCUCCAACGUGUUUGCCUGCUCCGACCGGCCCACCGUCAUUUACUCCUCCAACCACAAGCUGGUGUUCUCCAACGUCAACCUCAAGGAGGUCAACUACAUGUGCCCGCUCAACUCGGAGGGAUACCCAGACAGUUUGGCUCUGGCCAACAACAGCACCUUGACCAUCGGGACCAUAGACGAGAUCCAGAAACUCCACAUACGGACUGUUCCCCUCUAUGAGUCUCCCAGACGUAUCUGCUACCAGGAGGUGUCGCAGUGUUUCGGGGUGCUGUCCAGCAGGGUUGAGGUGCAGGAUGUUAACGGCACAACGUCUGCUGUCCGGCCCAGUGCCAGCACUCAGGCUCUCUCCAGCAGCGUGAGCUCCAGCAAGCUGUUCCCCAGCAGCACUUCGCCCCACGAGGUCUCCUUUGGGGAGGAGGUUGAGGUCCACAGUCUGCUGGUUGUGGAUCAGCACACCUUUGAAGUGCUCCACGCCCACCAGUUCCUGCCCAGCGAGUACGCCCUCAGCAUGGUCUCCUGCCGCCUCGGACGGGACACCUCCGUUUACUUUGUGGUGGGCACAGCCAUGGUGUACCCCGAGGAGGCCGAGCCGAAGCAGGGCCGCAUCAUCGUCUUCCACUACACUGACGGCAAGCUGCAGACUGUGGCUGAGAAGGAGGUGAAGGGGGCUGUGUACUCCAUGGUGGAGUUCAACGGCAAACUGCUUGCCAGCAUCAACAGCACAGUGCGUCUGUACGAGUGGACGGCAGAGAAGGAGCUGCGCACGGAGUGCAACCACUACAACAACAUCAUGGCCCUCUACCUGAAGAACAAAGGGGACUUCAUCCUGGUGGGGGACCUGAUGAGGUCCGUUCUCCUGCUGGCCUACAAACCCAUGGAGGGCAACUUUGAAGAGAUUGCCCGUGACUUUAAUCCAAAUUGGAUGAGUGCCGUGGAGAUCCUGGAUGAUGACAACUUCCUGGGGGCGGAGAAUGCGUUCAACCUGUUUGUGUGUCAGAAGGACAGCGCGGCCACCACAGACGAGGAGCGGCAGCACCUCCAGGAGGUGGGGGUCUUCCACCUUGGGGAGUUCGUCAACGUGUUCUCCCACGGGUCGCUGGUGCUGCAGAACCUGGGGGAGAGCUCCACGCCCACCCAGGGCUCCGUGCUCUUCGGCACCGUCAACGGCAUGAUAGGCCUGGUGACGUCCCUGUCGGAGAGCUGGUACAGCCUCCUACUGGACCUACAGAACCGCCUCAACAAGGUCAUCAAGAGCGUGGGCAAGAUUGAACACAGCUUCUGGAGGUCGUUCCACACAGAGCGCAAAACAGAGCAGGCCACGGGGUUCAUCGAUGGGGACCUGAUCGAGAGCUUCUUGGACCUGGGCCGCACCAAGAUGCAGGAAGUGGUCAAUACUCUGCAGAUCGAUGACGGCAGCGGCAUGAAGCGUGAAGCCACAGUGGACGAGGUGAUCAAGAUCGUAGAAGAGCUGACCAGGAUCCAUUAGGUUCUGCUCGGGGUCGUCAUAAAUUGUUAAAGGGGGAAUAUUUGAGAUGGAUGAGGGGUGGAAAUUUGGAGACUGCGGUUUUGUAAAUAAUUAUAAAUAAACUGUGCAUGUCUGUCCUUCAGACUUCAAUUAUUUGACAUCUUGGUGGAGCCCCUGACGGCGCGACAUACUCAAACGUAGUACUUCUCUUGUAGGCAGCGAGUGCUACAUGGGAAAUGUUGUUCUAUUUUACCAUAAAAAAAAACUGUGGUUUAGGUGUGUGUGUGUGUGUGUGUGUGUGUGUGUGUGUGUGUGUGUGUGUGUGUGUGUGUGUGUGUGUGUGUGUGUGUGUGUGUGUGUGUGUGUGUGUGUGUGUGUGUGUGUGUGUGUCUGUCUGUUUGGGCAUGUGUGUGUGUGUGUCUGUUUGGGCAUGCAUGUGUGCUUGUGUGAAUUGGUGUGCAACGACAUGACCAACCCUGGACAUUGAUCCUAUUUGAAAUGAGAAUCCAUGGCCAGUUGUCGAUGCUUCAUGCUACUUUAUGCAAAAUAAAAGUGACAUGGUUAUCAAGCAUCUCCCACACAAUAGUUCUUUAUCACCAUUGUUUUUCUAGAGUUGAAAACAUGCAGCGGAUGAUUUCCGAAAAUUAUUAUUGAAGUCUUGAACCGGAAAUUUAUGUUUGAGACGUAAUGAGCAAAGUGAUGAGUUUUUAGCUAUUUUGUUGUUGUGAUGUUUUCUUCAUGUUUCUUUUAAUAAAGGUUACUUUACUACCGUUUACCCUAGCAUCCUAUUAUUCCAGCUUUUGAAUCAUUAUUUAUUUUUUCCCCUUCCCCUCUCUCCAUCCAAGCCGCACAGCCAUUGUGCCGUCUGUUUUGAGUCUUGUCCCAAUUAUUUUGUUUUUAA